GUCAUCACCAGUCCACGUCCUUUUGUUUGCUGCCGGAGCUUGCCUCUUUCCCUCUAUAUCGCCCCUCUUUGGGCCUGUUUCUUUCUUUCUUCCUCAUCGGCUUACUUUUCGUGAUCCGACUGCUUUUCGGUUGCCUCGGGGCUUGCCUGACCCCUGUUCACAAAGCACGGUUCAAGUCACCCCUCCUAGUGACGGCAACGUUAUUUGUUGUCUUCCACCUUCACAAAAGGCUGCCCCAGCAGCCGCCACCCAGCACACCAUGGACUCUAUGAGAUCUCUGAACACAUCACUGCCUAGCUCAACACCUCGAGCACAGCCUCCUGAGCAACUUCUGCAGUCGUUCAAGGCCGCCGCUUUGUCCGUCACCAACCUCUAUAAGAAUGCUGUUUACGAACAAGCGCAUGCCAAACAAGCCGGCUACCAAGAAGCAAUUGAAGAUCUACUGCACUUUCUAGACCGAGAGAACCUCGGUCUUGGGGAUGGAGAGGGCUGGAAGGUUCGACAAUGGGCCACAGAACGGAGUGAUGGUAUUGGGGCCCCCAGCGACGACGAUGAGGUUGAGAAACAAACAAGAGGCGCGAUACCAGCUGUAGCCCGGAAGGCACAGCCGGAAUCCGAACCUAUCCGGCAGCCAUCCAAGUCGGCAUCACCUGUGGCGGAGGAGCAAAGUGCAGCACCACCGCAGCAACAGCCUCCAGCACCUUCUUCGUCCCAUGCCUCCGAAACCAACGAUUUCGAUCGGCCCACAAUCUUUACUUUCUCUGCUGGACCAACCUUCCCACAACUUCCAGAACAAGAAAUAGACAUGCAAACAUCGGACAGCUCGACUCCUGCGUCUCAGGAUGGUGCCCCAGUCAGCGUCUCCGUUUUAUCUCGAAACUCUCGGCAACAAAACCGUCACAACAACUUUUCACGACCGAACCCUCGGUCGUCCCCUCGCGAAUCAUCCGUCGGGCUUGGCUCGAAACGAAAGCUUGCCGUUCCAGACUUCUUCGACCUAUCCGGGCUAGGCAAUCGAGACAUGUUCGGGGGCGGCAAACGUGGCCGCUUUACCUAGAAGAUGUGGUAUCGACGAUUAGACGAGCAUAUUCUUACGGUCACGCAGCGGUCGAUUGCUUUCUUGUGUUUUCUCUCUCUUCUACUUUCGGUGCAUUAGGGGGAGUAUUGCAUGUGGCACUCCGGGCCACGGGUUGUUUUUCCUCUCCUGUCAUCUUUACCUUAUACUUGUGACUCAUAUCCUCCUUCCUUUCCUCUUGUUUUAUUCUCCUUUCCCUAUCCCAUUUCCUUGGUCAUCAUAUCUAUUAAAUUUAUAGAGGUUAUCAGACACGGUGAUACCCGGUGAGGCGGCUAGUGUUAUAUUAAUCGUACGAUCCUUUCUAUCUACUGCCUUGUAUAUUGUCUAUUACGAACAGUGUAGCGCUU